GUGUCACGAUUUCCGCUUCCCUCCUUCAAAAAAAAAAAAGCAAGCACCGCACAGCGCCCGAUCCGCCAGCGCUCCCGCCAGCGCUCCCGCCCGCAGCCAUGGAGGAGCCCGAGCCCGCGGGGGCCGCCCCGCCGCCCGGGCUGCGCUCGCUCCUGCCCCCCCGGGAGUUCCUGUGCUCCCGCAAGGGGCAGCUCCUCCUCGCCGAGUCGGUGCUGUCAUUUAUCAUCUUUAUCUGCUACAUAGCGUCUCUAGCUGCCUCUUUCAUGAUGGCGCCACUCCUAGAGUUUCUGCUGGCACUGUUUCUGUUUUUUGCCUAUGCCUCCAAACUUAAUGAGAAGUUUAAAGGACUCUACUGGCCUUUGGCGGAUUUCUUGCGGUGCGUCACUGCUGCCAUUAUUUACUUUGCCAUUUCGAUUGCCGCUGUCUCAAAAUACGGUGACGGAGCAUCUAAAGCGGCAGGAGUGUUUGGAUUUAUAGCCACAAUAGUGUUUGCCAUUGAUUUCUACAUAACCUUCAAUGACCUGGUUACUUUUCUGAAGCAAGGCAGUUCUGAUUCCCCUGAAGGGCGCAAGUCAGAAGAUGAAGACUCAGAUUCCGACUCGGACUGAAGAACCAAACACCAACCAAGCGCGAAGGGAAGAUGAUCAAGCACUUUCCUCAGCUGAGUGCACUGCCAAUUGAAAUAUCUCCCUUACUUCAGCCUCGGUAUCCUCUUUCCACCACCCUGUUUAAGGAAUCACCAAAGCACAGAUGUGGAAAAGGAGACUAUUCCCAAUGCCAUUAGACGCUCCUUCAGAACUACGGAUUUUCAACCCACCAGACAUCUGUAUCCAAACAGCACAUCUCAAUUCUCCACUGCCCCUCCUUACUCAGCACUACGAUGUACUGAGUAAAUGGGAACACAGUAUUUUAAAUGUAUAGGUGGUGCUUUUAAUGUGAUUUCUUAAUUCCAAAUCUUUAACACUUAUAGCUUUUAUACUUCUUGCUGUGCCAAAGAAGAAAGGCUGAGAAUGCCUCUACUUUAUUUGUAUUUUUCUUUCUUAACUAACAUUAUGUCUCUAUCUGAAAUCUGAAUAUUCCACUGUCUCAAGCACUGAAGGCAUAGAUUAUCGUUAACAUGUUGGUUUCAAUACAUUUCUAUCUACUGCCUGUCUGCGACAAGAAAAGCGACAACUGUAAAUCUGCAGCAAGAACAAACCUCAAAGCAGAGUUUUGCCACCGGCUCACCAGACAUUCCAUAUCACUUUUAUAAGCUGCUUGGAUGGGGUCACACCACAUCUUCUGCAAUUUCACCGCAGAUAGGAGGUAGAACAGACGAGGCAUCCUUCUUACCACUUGUGUGAAAGCCCUUGUAGGUGUUGGCACGUCCAGGUAAGGAAGGCUUGUCAAAUACCAUCCACCACCAUCUGCCUGCAAACUUUUGUGUGCAAGACGUCACCGUCUGAUACCACGCACUGUGUUGUGAACACUGGUCCUCCCAUGAGAAGUAGCACUGGACUUAGUCCGCUGGGUUUGCAAAACAGACAACUGUUCUGUAAAACUCGGGAUACACAGGCCCCAGGAGGGCAAUACGUUGUUCCCACUGCGAAAAGGAGAAAUAAAACCCAAACAACACGCAACAAAAAAACAACCUCCAGACUAAGAAAUGUCUGCAAUGAAAUUCAUUUGCCCAAACCCCUUUUCUUGGUGUGUGUGGGUUUUGGUUGGUUGGUUUGGUUUUUUCCACAGAAAGGACAUGAUUUAUCUCAUAGUUUUCUAUUCUGUGAGAAAAGCCUCCAGCAUUCACAAGGUGUUUUAAUGAGCAGCACAACCUGCCCUGCAAUACUUGCAUCCCCCUAUAAAUACACAGUGCUUGGAAAAAGCACGUCUCGCUCCUUAGAUAUGGCAUCAGAUCAGCCUAUUCCAAUGAAACCUGUAUACAUUUAAAAAAAACCCUAAUAUAAUACCAGAACAGGUGGCCUUAAAAAUAAUUGAUAUGAGAGCAGAUGGUACUACCGGGAAAUGAAAACCAGGGAUAAAGCAAUAAAGGCAGAUUUCCUUUGGAGCACAAUGAGCAGCCGGGUGCGCAGUCCUGCCGGCAGCUGGCUGGCGGCACAGACGCGGCACCCGGCAGCGCGGGAGCUGAAGGUGCUGCCCAGACCCGGCGUUGUCCGACAGGCAGCUCCUGAUCUCCUGUUCCCAGACCACUGAAGCAAAAGCAAAACAAACGGUUGCUUCCAAAUGUGACAAAUAAUCUUUGCUUUUAAGAGAAAGGGCUCUUUGGACCUUCUCCUGUAUGAAACUCCACAUUUCUUUCUUUUCUAUUGUCAUAUUUUACUGGCAUGUACUGUGACUUCAGGGGACCUGGGCUCGUUUUUAUAUUCAAUUGUUUUGUAUUUCUCUUUUUUUAAUUAAAAAAUUUACUGCAUGUCACAGCUGGAAACUAGUACAUGGUUAAUAUUCAGAAACCAUGCUGGAUUAAACCUCUUUUAAUAGAA